AUGGGUCAGGAAGCCGCAGAAGCCUCGGCUGCAAGUGGCUCUACUCCCACCGACCGUGUUGUCAAGAAGAGAGCUUCGCAAGCCUGCCACCACUGCAGAACCCGCAAGGUGAAGUGCGACCUGGUCAAAUCUGGCGUCCCCUGCCACAACUGCUCCUCGGACGGAAUUGAAUGCAUCAUCCUCGAGUCGAGGCGCAGCAGGAAGUAUCGUCUUCAGAAGCGCCAGUCGAGUCGCCCCGUUGCGCUUCCCACCAUCUCCCAGGCACAGCCAAAAUCGGCCUCGGAGCCUUCGCCGGCGAUCCUGCAACUCCCGAGUGGUUCGAACGAUGCAGGUCCAGCCCUCCAAGUCUCUGUUCAGAGUCAAACAAAUCAUGGUAAGAUCUCUCAGACGGUGGUUGCACAGUCAGCUGACACUCUAAUACCCUCAGAAUCCUCAGCAAUGCCUCCCCUGAUACCAACCAAUUUUCAGAUCGUGCCUGUCACUGCUCGAAACAGCAGUCUCGGUGGUGCGCAGAAUCAACCCGGUGCUGCUUCUGAUUGCCCGGGCCCGGGUCUCGUCAUUGAUUUGCCGCCCUAUAUUCGCCCGUCUCGCCCAGACAUUCGGCACGACGACUUGGAGUUCCUGCAUCGCCGUGGAGCUUUGAGCUUACCAUUAGGUGAGCUUCGUGAUCAGCUCAUUCGAUGUUUUGUGCUAUACGUGCACCCUUUUAUGCCAAUUGUGGACCUCGAAGACUUGCUAGGUGCUCUAGACGGUAAAGAUGCAUCGUCCAAGAUCAGCUUGGUUGUGUUUCAAGCCGUCCUGUUUUCGGGCGCUGCUUUUGUCGAGUUGUCGCUUCUCCAGGAAGCAGGCUAUGAAAGUCGAAGAGCUGCGAGAGCCGACUUGUACCAAAAGGUCAAGCUACUUUACGAUUUCGACUGGGAUGUAGAUCGGAUUGCCCUGAUCCAAGCGCUGCUCUUGCUGAACUACUGGUAUGUGUCAGAGAACGACCAAAAAGACCCCUGGCACUGGCUUGGUGUCUGCAUUUCUCUUGCAACCAGCAUCGGUUUGAAUCAGCCCUUCACGCAUACCCAGAAGGACCCCAAAACUAGAGCUUUGUGGAGACGAAUAUGGUGGACUUGCGUCCAUCGUGACAGAAUCAUUUCCAUCAGCAUGCGGAGACCAAUGCGAAUCAAGGACGAGGACAUCAGACUUCCCCCUCUUAAAUUAGACGACUUCGAGACCCAGCCUAUCCAUUCUGCCAUUUUGUCUCUCAAUGGCAAUGCUUUUCUGGCGGAUGCCUAUAUUAGAACCAUGCUGGCUGAGAUGUGUAUCGCAAAAGUCAAACUGCUGCUCUUCAUUGGACAGAUCCUCAAACACUUUUACCACCUGCGCGGCUUUGGUGGCUCAACAGCCGAGUCCACCAUGCUUUAUACUCCCAAAAGAUCCGAAGUCAACGGGAAGCAGUAUCUGGACUUGCAACAUGACCUUGACCAGUGGUAUAGAGAUCUUCCGCCCAGUUGUUGGCUGGUCACGAGCAGCAGCAGUAGCAGCAGCGGCAUCGAAUCCGAUACCUCAACCGCCGAUUCUCUUUUAGUCCACAGAUCAGUAUUAAGAAUGCUCUACCUGAUGGCGUCUGAAGCACUCAAUCGACCUCAGUCAUUGUCCAAGCCCCUGAGCGGGUCAGAGAAUAGCCCAACAUCAAAGGUCAAGGAAGCGGCCGAGAAGAUUGCAGAAAUGAUAGAAUCCCUGCAAGAGCGAGAUCUGGUCAGAUUUCUUCCACCACUGUCAGUGAGUUUUAUGCUCCUCGCCCUUGCUUCCUUCCUUGUGGACAUAAAAGCGAAGGGGCAAACCGUCGGAGCACUUCCAGGACACCAAUUCCAUAUUUGUAUCCGAGCGCUAUUGCGCCUGCGGGAGAUCUGGCCGAUUGCUGACGCUGCUUGCUUUCUGAUCGGACAAAUGAUUACCAAACAUCAAGUUGGCAAGGUGUCGGCGCCCGGUGUACAACCUACGCCCAUGGAUGCAAGUGAAGCUCCAUCAAAUGUUUGGCGAUCCCCUGAAAUACCUCGCGGAAAUCCACCUGUCAUUCCUCAGUUUGAGCAGAUACGUCGAGCGGAAAUUGCUUUCAGUUCGACCAGUCUGAACCAGCCAUCCUUUGUAACGACGCAGCCGGAAGUGGCUCCCACACCGUCACAGGGCUUCGUUAUACCUUAUGAUUGGUCAGAAGAGGACUUCGAAGGCGACUACGGCGCUAUGGUUGAGGCACACGCAUUGAACAUGGACCUCGCCAUGCCCGACGCAGAGAUUUUGGGUUUCUUUGACAGCGGCAUGUUCGACUUUGAACCAUCGCCCCACAAUGAUCAAGUUGGACAAGAGGGCUUAUAUGCUUCGCAACGAACGUCGGUCAUUUGUGAAGCAUGGAACCCAACAGCUCCUAACCAGUAUAUAGAGACGUUUCGUACGCCAAGGUCGAUUUAA